ACACCCGGUUCCACAAGUGAAAUGGUAACACAAUGUUUUCUGUAAUGAUGUAAAGCCUUCAUGUAAUACUCAUGAGUGUUUAAUUUAGUUUGAAAUAGUAAUUCUUGUUAGAUUUGAAUGUGGCUGUUUAAAAGUCAUUAUUUUAUAGCCACUACACAAGUCUGACUUUUUUGUUUGCAUCCCCUUUCAAUAUCCUGUGAAGCAGCAAUGGACCAGGCAAGGACAAAGAUAUCCAAACUUCUUAAUGUGGAGCCACACUCCUACACACGCUUCAACCUGACGCAGAACAUGGAAGGUGACACCAGCCAGGUGGAGAUGAAGCUGUCUUCUGACAUGGAUGAGGAAGUUGGGGGAAAUGGAGUUGGAGACCAUCUCAAUCACAACUCCCCCCACAAACCCUACAUGACUCAAAGGUUUAGACGCUCACCUAAGAACCUCUGCUUCAUGGCAGCCGCAACCCUUCUCAUCUUCAUCAUCGGGUACUUGAUUGGCUACCUGGUCCAUCGAAAAAAGGACUUUCCCAGCCCUCCAGUUCCCUCAGUCCGUAAUCAAGUGAGAGAUUCUCCUGUAGCCUACGAGACAGGUGCUGCCCCCCUCAUGGACUGGGAUGAUGUCAAAAGCCUCCUGGCUCAAAAACUCAGUGCAUCCAAAUUUGAAGGAGCCUUUAGUGAAUAUUCCAGUAACAGCCACCGUGCUGGUUCUGCUGGUGAUGAAUUGCUUCGGAACAAGGUGCUCAAUAAGUUUACAGAAUACAGGAUGGACCCCUGGUCUGAUGUGCACUUUGUUAAGGUCCAGGACCCCCCAGCUUCUGGCUUCAACAAAUUUGUUUUCAAGGAAGGGCCAGAGGAGCAUCCAGAGGGGUUCCUGUCCUACAGUGCCACUGGAAACGCAAAGGGUACUGUUGUGUAUGCACACUACGGACAGGAAAAUGACUUGAUGAGGCUGAAGGACAGUAACGUUAACCUGAGUGGCAAAGUUCUGCUGGUCAGAGCUGGUCAUAUCAGUUAUGCUGAGAAGGUAGCCAAUGCUGCAAAAAUGAGUGCCUCUGCUGUGUUAAUCUACGCAGACCCCACUGAUUACAGUAUUGGAGACAAGACUCAGCUCUUUGGACAUGUCCACAUGGGUUCUGGGGAUCCCUACACCCCUGGCUUCCCCUCCUUCAACCACACCCAGUUCCCCCCUGUCGAGUCUUCAGGCCUACCAAAAAUCUUGGCUCAGACCAUCAACCUAGCCAUGGCUACGAGAAUUCUAAGGCAGCUGGGGGGUCAGGCUACACCGGUACAAUGGGGAUGCUACCACAAACUAGGAAAUGAGAGCGAUGUCAUUACUAUAGAGGUCAACAACGUUCUUGCUGAGAAAAAGAUAAGUAACGUCUUUGGCGUUAUCAAAGGCUUCGUGGAUGCAGAUCGGUAUCUGGUCAUUGGUGCACAGAGGGAUGCAUGGGGUCCAGGUUUUGCUGCAUCAACCGUUGGCACCAGCGUCCUUGUUGAGCUGGCUCGUGCAAUCUCAGACAUGGUGAAGAAUGAUGGAUUCAAGCCAAGGAGGAGCAUUGUGUUUGCUAGCUGGAGUGCAGGAGAAUAUGGGAGUGUUGGCGCCACCGAGUGGUUGGAGGGUUACAUGGCCACUCUGAACAUGAAAGCUUUCUCCUUCAUCAACCUGGAUGGGAUUGUAACAGGUCGCAGUGGAUUUAAAGUAGCAGCCAGCCCCUUGAUGCACAGCCUGAUUGAGAGGAUGCUGACAGAGGUGGAUGGCCCAAACAACGAUGGCUCUCUCUUUUCUCAGUUUGCAAAAGGCAACUGGGACACAAAUAUUUUGGAGCCUCUGAAGAUGGAUAAUGCUGCAUAUCCCUUCCUUGCCUUUUCUGGCAUUCCCUCGCUCUCAUUUAGAUUUGCCUCUGGUAGCGAAGUCUACCAGUAUUUUGGCACAAUGCUGGACACCCAGGAAAAAUUGAACCUCGCCACCACCAACCAAGUCCCUCAGCUGGCAGAAGUAGCAGCCCGAUUCGCAGGUCACAUAGCGCUGAGGCUGGUCCAUGAUCAUCUGUUGCAGAUGGACCUGUUGAAGUACAGCAGGAGCAUACUUUUUCAGGUGUCGCAGAUCAAAGUGAAAGUCGGAAAUAUUCAGAGGAUGAAGCCCCAGGUGUUGCCCAAGUCCCUGACUGUAAAGUGGUUGAUCACGGCCUCAGGCUCCUUUAACCGUGCCACGCAGAAACUGGCAAAAGACAUCGACAACAGUGACCUGAAUAACAUUGAGAAGUGCCGCAUCCUCAAUGACCGCAUAAUGACGGUGGAAAGGAACUUCCUGUCGCCCUACGUGUCUCCCACAAACAGUCCUUUCCGCCACAUCAUCCUGGGCUCUGGUGCACACACUCUCGCAGCUCUGUCCAACCAUCUCGAUAUCCUCAGGACCGACAGCCCAGAGGGGGACGCCGACUUGUUUCGCCACCAGUUUGCCCUGGCAACCUGGACCAUCCAGGGCUGUGCCAUCUCACUAGCAGGGGACAUCUGGGCCUUAGAGAAAGAGAUCUAAAAAAUUAAUCCUCCCUUGUUCAUGGUUUGGACCUCUUCACAACUAGCAUCGUGAAAACCAGUAGGCUGUUACAAUUCACCGACAGCCAGUUACAGCUUUUUGAAUGAGUAUUCUUAGGAAUUGAUAAAAGCGAAGCAGUUGCUAAAUGGAUACCAUUUCAGUCAUCACCUCUGUUACGUAAUUUUCAACAUUUCAGUGAUAAUCUGCUUCGUCUCCCUUUUAAUUUCCCAUUAAGCCAUACGAAAUUAUACAGCAGCCUUCCGCCUUAAUAUUUAAGUUCAGUAGGUCCAUUUUUUUCCCCACACUGCGGAGAGAGAUUUUUUUACUUCAACAUGUGGUACUUGAAUACCACAAUCGUCAAUACGUUGGUGCUAAUAACGGCUUCCUUUUUAAAUUCCCACAUUAUGUGGCAGUACUACUUACAUCGGUGCAUGUAGAUGUAGUGACAGCGAUUCAUUUUCAGCACAGUAUUGGGUCAUAAUCACAUGAAUGACUGUGAUAACCAGCUUUAGAGGUUCAUGCAACAUAAAAGUUCAGUACAAUACAAUAAGCUAAUGAGUUUACAUUGCUCUUUGGAACCUGAGCUGGGUUGUUGGUAGCUAUAAUUUCAUACUGUGCUGAAAUCUGAGGUCAAAAUUGAUUUACAGUAACACUGCAGAACAAACCUAGAAUAUUUGGGAGAAUCCACUUUGGUUGCUGCCAGUUUCCAACAAUCAAGCUGCAUUAAUCUUAAGUCCUCAUUCAUAUGUUCCACCUCCUGACGUGAGAGCAAAUCUGCCUUUUUAAAAAAAAAAAGAAAAAAAGAAAAGCAAAGGCGAAGGUCUCCAACCACGUGGCACUGAAACAAAAACCGUAUGUCUAUUUAUUUUGUUAUUUAUUUAUCAGUGGCAGGGAUCACUAUAAAUAUAUCUAUUUUUUUUAAUUGCGUUUUAUAAAUAAAAUGAGUAAUUAUCGGGAGCAGUGUCUUCCAUAAUUAUGACAGUAAUACUGUCGAAAUGACAAAAGCAGCAUCUGCUAACAGAAGUGUUCAUGUUGACCGACGGCCGGUACUGCACACAAUAACAUUCUGACACCUUGUAGAGAAGAGUCUGAUUUUCAAACAUAACUGACAUGACAUGACAAAUGUUACAUCUGGGCGUCCUGGCAGUGCUGCGUCUUUGGUACAUGCACACUUCUUGUCCUAACAUUAUCGGGAGCAGUGUCUUCCAUAAUUAUGACAGUUAUACUGUUGAAAUGACAAAAGCAGCAUCUGCUAACAGAAGUGUUCAUGCUGACCGUACAGACGGACCACACUGCACACGACAAUAAUCGGACUCUUCUCAGCAAACCUGUUCAGUUUGCAAAUACAUAAUGACUCUGCAUUGGUCAAACAUCACAGCUGAUCUCCGGUCAGUGCUUGGUCUUUGGUACAUGCACACUUCUUGUCCUGACAACAUUAUCGGGAGCAGUGCCUUCCAUAAUUAUGACAGUAAUACUGUUGAAAUGACAAAAGCAGCAUCUGCUAACAGAAGUGUUCAUGUUGACCGACGGCCGGUACUGCACACAAYAACAUUCUGACACCUUGUAGAGAAGAGUCUGAUUUUCAAACAUAACUGAUACUGGUUUGGUCAGACAUGACAAAUGUUACAUCUGGGCGUCCUGUCAGUGCUGCGUCUUUGGUACAUGCACACUUCUUGUCCUAACAUUAUCGGGAGCAGUGUCUUCCAUAAUUAUGACAGUUAUACUGUUGAAAUGACAAAAGCAGCAUCUGCUAACAGAAGUGUUCAUGCUGACCGUACAGACGGACCACACUGCACACGACAAUAAGACAUAAUGACUCUGCAUUGGUCAAACAUUACAGCUGAUCUCCGGUCAGUGCUUGGUCUUUGGUACAUGUACACUUCUUGUCCGGCGUUAUCGGGAGCAGUGCCUUCCAUAAUGUGGGGUAAAAGGUAAUUCUUACCUACCAGUGUGUGUCUGUAUCGGAGGCAGUGCCCUCCAUAUUUCACUGUAGGGGUGGAUGUUUUAUUAUCGGGAACAGUGUUUCCCAUAAUUUGUGUAUAUAUUGCUACACAAUGCACAUGUGGUCUGCAAGUUUUGAUCCCUUCUUUGCUGUAAUGUUAUUUCCUCUCAGACUGCAGCGUACAGCUUCUGCUCACAGAUAGUGUGAUGACAUUUCAUCAACAUCAGCGCUUAUUCAAAAAUUCCAUCUAUCUUAUUUAGUAAGUAAAUCGAACUGUACGUCAGUUCUGGGUUUCUUUGAGCUUUUUGUCUAAUUUUUAAUCGCAUGUAUUUUUUGUAUGGACGUGAUUAAUUGACACAUACCUGUGUGGGGCAGCUGGGCUUAGUCGUGUGGUUCAAUACUUGCAAGAAAACAUGGCCACUCUGCAAAUAUGAGAGUUGCUCUUAAUUAUUAAGUCAUUGUGAAAGUACAUUCUAUUUUAUUUGUUCAUUCUUGUUAAGCGAUUUCCUCGUGCCUUUUUUUUUUGUGAUUGCAUUGUUGAAGUUUCAACACAAACAAUACUAAAAGGUGUUUCGGCUUGUUUUUGUUUAGUUUUGACAUUUCUGUAUUUUCUUAUUUUCCUGUUGACUAGAAUCAAACGUUACUGGUGUUAAUGCCUGUUAUGAUACAACACCUUUAGAUUAAAAACAAGGUUACACGAUGGAUGAAAAUUAAAAAAAAUCUUGGAAGGGAAAUCAAUAUUAAUGUUACACUGAAUGUUACAGUAGUUGAUAUGGUUCUUCUUCCUUCAGCGGCUAAAUCUGGUCAGAGCAUUAUUAAUUUAGUGCUUUCUUUAUGCAAACCUCCUGAUGUCAUGCCUUUAUAGAAAAACCUGUUUUAGUUCAGAAGCCAUUUAAAAAUGAUCUUAUGUGAGUGAUAAUCUGAUCUGCUGGGCUGGAAUGAGGCACAUGGAUGAGGAGGUUGCAGUUCUAAUGCGCUUUUUCUGCUAAAUUUGUUUCUGUUUAUUUGGAGUGGCAUUCCUAAUUCUAUUCAACUUGGAUAAAGGUUUGAAGGUGUUUGAAAUAAAUGUGCAUUGUUUCCCAUUCACAUUGUAUACAAUUCUGCUUAACUUUUUUUUGCAAUAAACAAUCAUGUCACAACUGUU